UACAUAAGAAUCGGCUGGAAUUACCAAAAUUCCAGACUAAAAAACAUCUUGACAAUAUAGAUUAGUAUACUUUCUCUACUAUUUAUAACAAGAUCAAGAUGACUGGCAAACAUCAACAACAGCAGACUUGUACCUUGGCUUUCCCUGGUAAAUCAGGUGUUCAAGUGAUCGAGACUAAAGUGAGAGAUUCGCCCAUCGACUCUGUGGUGGUCUACCAAGACCGUGCCGAGGUCAAGAGAAGGUUGUCAGUUUAUCUUGCUACUGGAGAGAAUGAGCUCAUAAUUUCUGACCUGACGCACUGUGUCGACCAGAACUCUGUCAGGGUUGAAGGUCAGGGCAAGGCUGUGAUCACUGAUGUGAUAUACUCGUCAAAGGAGAGCUCCAAUGAUGAACUAACAACCACUGGAAGUAAAGAGGAGCUUGAACGCAUUAAGGAAGAGAUUUCUGAGACUGUGAAGGAAUUGCGACACUUGCAAAUCAGAAGAGAAGUGCUCAAUAAAGAAAAGGAACUCAUCAACAAAUUUUCCAAACAUGUGUCAACUAUGCACACUGUUGAGGGCUCUGACCACAGUCUGUCUCAGCUCGUGGAUGGGGAGAGUGUCUCUGUUGUCAUUGAGUUGUUCCAAAGAGUGGAGAGCAAGUUGAGUGACCUUGACUCUCGACUGAGCGUGAUAGCUGGAGAGGAGAAGUGCCUCCAAGACAAGUUGGCUGUUCUGCAAGCCAACGCUGACAAACUCAACCCUAAGAACAAGAAAGCCACCACCGAGACCCUGCGAACUCUCCACGUUAGCUUAGAAGCUGCCGAGGAGGGAGAGGCCAUUUUAUUUGUCUCUUACAUAGUGACCAACGCCUCCUGGUCGUCGUCUUAUGAUGUCAGAGUUUUCACCAAAGACAAGACCAUGAAGGUUCAGUACUACGGUCUCAUACAGCAGGUGACUGGUGAGGACUGGGAGAAUGCCAAGAUCUCACUCUCCACUGCUCAGCCCAGUGUCGGUGGGUCAGCACCUCCUCUCAACACCAAGAUCAUCAGGUUCAAGAGACCAAAUCCUAGACGCUACUAUGCCCCGUGUAAAAACAUUGCAAAGCGCUCCUCAUUUGAAAUUGAAGCCGAAGCUUCAUUUAUGGGAGCAGCAUUUUCUGAAUCAUAUGACCCUACAAUUGAAGAUUCCUAUGGUGGUGAAAGUCUACACAAUGCUACACUCUCACUGGAGGAUGACCUUGCUGCCCCUGGUGGUGGUGGUGGUCAAGAGACGUUUAGGGGUCUAGGAAAAGGCUCUAUUUCACCUCCUCCACCCCCACCGGCAUUGGAAGUUGCUACAGCUAAGGUGACUGCUGGAUUGUUCAACACCACAUACGCCAUUCCCAGAGCCACAACCAUCCCAGCUGACAACACUGAGCACAAGGUGACGAUAGCUCUGGUUGACCUGGUCCCUGAGCUGACGUACAGCUCUGUCCCUCGACUCUUCCCUCACUCCUUCCUGCAAGCCAAGGCCACUAACUCCUCACCCUACACCAUCCUGGCUGGACCAGCCAACGUCUUCCUGGACAACAACUUCAUCGCUAAGUCAACGAUGAGUGAUGUGUCUCCAGGGGAGGAGUUCGUGAGCUCCCUGGGAGCAGACCAGUCGAUCCGCAUCACUGUGAGACCAGUGGCCACAGUACACAACACUCGCACUGCUAAGCUGGGAGGGGCAAAGACAAACACCAUCACCUACACUCACACUUCCCUGGUCAAGAACACCAGAAGUGAUUAUGUUAACAUCAAGGUCUCAGAACAAGUGCCUCUCAGCACUGAUGACAGAAUCAAGGUGAGUGUGGUUGACCCUGCUGUGAGGAAGGUGGGUGACAAGUUUACUCUCCCGUUUGGUCACGUUCAACUCAACAAGUCUCACAAUAUGGAAUGGCAUGCAGCCCUGGGGGCCGGCUCAGAGUGUGAGCUCAAGCUGAUCUACACUGUAGAGCACCCGGCACAAGAUGGAAUCUGGGGUAUACUGUAGAGCACCCAACGCAAGAUGGAGUCGAAGUAACAUACUUUAGUUUGUUGGCUUAUAAUCUGGUAGAUCGUAUUUUACUUUUUUAUCUUGAACCACAUCAUUUUUACCUGUUUUUUUACUAUGGAAGUCAGUAUAUACGUGUUGAUAGAUCUAGUUACAUGUAUUAUAUACUGUAUAAUUAAUUAUUA